AUAAAAAGACAAGAAGAGGAGAACGUGUGGUGUUUUUAAUUCUCGGCACAGAAGUCUCCACUUAUAAUUGGAUCUAUACCGAUUUGUGUUAAAGCUUCGUCUUAUGUGCUGAGAGUUCAUCAUUCAUUAACCUUUACGCUGUGUUCAUACAGUAAGCGCUAUUGGCAUCGUCCAAUGAACUGCGCAGUUGACGAGCGGAACAACUCCGUCACUGACGGCAUAACAAGUCAGAGCAGGUCGGACAAAAACUCACAUAUUUCAAAGCUCACUCUCUCUCUCUCUCUGAGUACAAACGUUGCUGGACAUUUAUGGAGUUACCAUGACGAUGUCGUGCUAGAAGAGGAUUAUUGGACGCCGCUUUUGCAUUCGACUAUGUAACGUUAGUGUUUUUCCCGCAAGGAUAUCUUUUUGACAAACCUUCCGUCUACACAUGUCAAUCAACCUCAGACCGUAAUCUUUCAUCCGCGUGAAACACGCUAACUCACGCAAGAUGUUUAGUCUCACUGAAGUUGCAUCCCUUAAUGAUAUCCAACCAACCUAUCGCAUUCUGAAACCAUGGUGGGACGUAUUCAUGGAUUAUAUUGGGAUAAUAAUGUUGAUGUUAGCCAUCUUUUCUGGGACUAUGCAGCUAUCCAAAGACCAAGUGGCAUGCCUUCCCAAUUUGGAGGAAAGUGUGAAAUUACAGUGCACAGGUCAUGAAGAGACACAAGCUCCGCUUGAGCGCUCAACUUCGGCCGUCGGCACGUCAAUCGCACCAACUAAAGAUCUUCCUGAAGCCGUUGCUCAAGAAAUUCAAAGCACUCCACCUACCUCCUUGAAUGCGAAAAGUGCAUCUACUGAACCUCAGCCCAAAGGACGUAAAACAAACCUCGAUUAUCAGCAGUAUAUUUUUGUCAACCAAAUGUGCUACCAUGAUGCCUUACCGUGGUAUUCCAAAUAUUUUCCAUACCUUGCACUCAUACACACCAUAGUGCUGAUGGUAAGCAGCAAUUUUUGGUUCAAGUACCCAAAAACCAGCUCAAAGAUUGAGCAUUUUGUUUCCAUUUUGGGACGAUGUUUCGAAUCACCGUGGACGACGAAGGCUUUAUCAGAAACGGCUUGUGAAGACUCCGAGGACAAAAAGCAGAGGUUCACAGGUGGUGUGGUUUUCCAGAAACACCCAUCUGCAGACGGUAAGGAGGACAGCAGUCAAUCUACCCCUUUGAUUGAAACUCCUUCAGUGCAGUUUCCCACCGAAAGGCUCAUCGCCGAAGGGCCCAGCCUGACCAUUUUGGACAAAAAAGAUGGAGAACAGGCCAAGGCGCUUUUCGAGAAAGUGAGAAAAUUUCGAGCUCACGUAGAAGACAGUGACUUCAUCUAUAAACUUUACGUGGCUCAAACAGUAAUAAAAGCAGUAAAGGUCAUUUUGAUCUUGAGCUACACGUCAACUUUUGCUGCAAAGAUCAGCUUCUGCUAUAUAUGUGAACCUAAAAUCGAAAAAUUGACCGGUUAUGAUCAAUUUUACUGUACACACAACAUGGCGUUCAUGUUGAGGAAACUCCUCUUCACCUUCAUGGCUAUGAUAUGUCUCUAUGGACUCGUGUGUUUGUAUACGCUAUACUGGCUCUUCAGGAGACCACUUAAAGAGUACUCGUUUGAAAAAGUCAGAGAGGAAAGUAGCUUCAGUGAUAUUCCUGAUGUAAAAAAUGACUUUGCAUUUCUCCUACAUAUGGUAGACCAAUACGAUCAGCUGUACUCCAAACGUUUCGGUGUGUUUCUCUCCGAGGUCAGCGAGAACAAACUACGAGAAAUUAGCUUGAACCACGAGUGGACAUAUGAAAAAUUGCGUCAGCAUGUAAUAUGCAAUGCUCAGGACAAACAAGAGCUUCACCUCUUUAUGCUAUCAGGCCUACCUAAUGCUGUAUUCGACCUGACCGAUCUGGAAAUCCUCAAGUUGGAGCUUAUUCCUGAAGUGAGGAUUUCGGCCAAAGUUUCUCAAAUGAUAAAUCUGCAGGAACUGCAUCUGCUUCACUCCCCCGCUAAAGUCGAACAAACGGCUUUCAAUUUUCUCCGCGACCACCUGCGAUGUCUUCACGUGAAGUUUACUGAUGUCGGAGAAAUUCCGUCGUGGAUUUAUCUGUUGAGGAGCCUCCGGGAAAUGUACCUUUUUGGUAACUUAAACUCUGAACACAACAAGAUGAUUGGUUUGGAGUCACUAAGAGAUCUAAGGCACCUAAAGUCAUUGUUUCUGAAAAGCAAUCUUAAUAAGAUACCCUCAAAUCUUACAGACCUGUCACCGCACCUCACCAAACUGAUGAUUCAUAACGAUGGAACGAAGUUAUUGGUGCUAAACAGUCUCAAAAAGAUGACCAAUCUGCUUGAUUUGGAACUCCAUAACUGUGAGUUGGAAAGGAUUCCUCAUGCCAUCUUUAGCUUGAUUAACUUGCAAGAACUGGAUUUGAAAACGAACAAUAUCCGGACUAUUGAAGAGGUCAUAAGCUUUCAGCAUCUGAGGAGAUUGUCGUGCCUCAAGUUGUGGUACAACAAAAUCAUCGCUAUUCCACCGUCUAUAGGCCUGGUGAAGAAUCUCGAGUCACUGAUUAUGUGCCACAAUAAAUUGGAGAGCCUUCCUCCAACUCUGUUUCAUCUUCCUAAACUGAGGCACAUAGACCUCAGCCACAAUUCUAUCUCAAGCAUACCAGUUGAAGUUGGAAAUCUUCAGAACCUUCAACAUUUCGCCAUCACAGGGAACAAGGUUGUGGUUCUUCCCAAUCAGCUGUUUAAAUGCACCAAACUGAAAGUUUUAUGUGUGGGCCAAAACAGCAUCACCUCCAUCCCAGAGUCGAUUGGGCAGUUGAUACAACUGACACAGCUUGAGCUGAAAGGAAACUGUUUAGACUCCCUUCCUUUCCAACUUGGCCAGUGUCGCCUUCUUCGCAGAAAUCUUCUCUUUGUGGAGGAUCACCUUUAUGACACGCUGCCCCUUGAGGCGAAGGAAACUAUCAGCAGAGACUGAUGUGGCAUGAACGAGUGACUUUUAAAAAGGGUGUUAAAGUGGAAAUGAAGUAGUCAAGUUUACAUUAUUUAGUAAACAGAUUUCCACUUUAAUAAAAGGAAAAACAGGAUGUUCAGAGCAAAGGUGUUGCCAUCUUGCACCUAACCACAGCAUGUGAUGUCACAGUCUCGGUGUGCUCCGUUGGCCAGUGAAGUAAUACAAGCAUUUCCUUACUUUUUGAACACGCGCUUGUUUUUAAAUGGAGGAAGACGAGCUUGAAAGGCAUGUUGAAAGUCCAAUUGCUUAUGCAUUUGAGCCGAUACAGCGGGAGGACCGUUAUUUCCAUUUAAAGACAGGAAGCAAAAACUCGUGUGUGGUAAAAUGUAACAGGAACAUUGCACAAAACAGCUUUGGGUUUGCUUAUGUUUGCCUACUGCAGACUCUACUGCUUACUGUUAGUUAGUUACAGAAAGUAUGCUUGAUUUGUUUGAAUCAUUGCCUAUUUAUCUGUACUGUUAUUUAUGCACAUUUUUAUUACUACUUUACUUUUUAAACUAUAUACGUUAGUUGAUGCAGGUAUUUUUAGUUUAAUUACUACAAAGUCUGAUCAUGUUUUAUUCUGAUUUCUGAAAUCUGGUUUAAGAUAAAUUUAAAACAAGAUACUGAGUUACAGUAUUAGUACAUAAUCAAAAUGCCCCAUGCUUAUUUAAAGGGAAAACUAUAUCUUAUUGCAUACUGUUACAAUAUUAUUAACCUCUCGCACCCAGAUCUUUCUACUAACUGUAGAAGGUCUGGACUUCAUAGCAGCUUUCACAAGUAAAGGACUUACCAAGCGGUCGUCUUAUGGAUACGUAAAGCAACUAAUCACAGUUCGGCUCUGUUUUCUGGCAGACCGUUAAAGAACACGACGCAUGACAUGACACAGAUAAAUAUAACCAGAUGAGGACUUAAAAACUACUAAAGUGUUUUCAAUUUUUAUGCACAUAAGUCCACCAGUCCAUGGGCUUUUUUAUGUGUAUUUUUUUUUACAUUUUUCCUAUCAAUUUAGGAACCAGCAUUUCUGAAUAAGUUAUACAAUUAUAAAUACAUGAUCUGGCUUGAAGAAAGACAUGAUGAAUGUUUAACUUUUGUGUUUUGCAAUAACAGCAAUAUUUCAUCAUACCGUUUAGUGUGAAGAUAUGCGUUUCCUUUUGUUGAGUCUUUGCUGAUAAGAGACAUAUCAAGGACUGAGGCUUGGCAUAAGGGAGGAUGCACACCCUGCACUUCUCUUGAUUAGAACCACAGUGACUGUUUAAAGCUGCCUGGCCCUACUGUAUUAAAACCGCCUUUAAAAUUCUGCUGUAAUUAUUAAUGCCUUAAUAUUUGUUUGUUUUUUAUUCUUGUUGUCAUUAAAUGUUAUGCAAACUAGAUGCAGAAUUUUGUUGCAAGUAACCGAUUAAACUGGUUUGAGCAACAGAUUAACCCCAAGUUUGAUUAAUGUGCAACACCGUGAUGAGACACAAGGGGCAAAGUAUACUGCAGCAGUUGUUUUCAAAUGAUGGGUCACAACCAAAAAUGGCUUAUGUACAGCAACACAACAAUACUAAAUGCAAACAAUAAAAUGCAACGAACCACA